CACGUCCGAACACGCGAGCAAACGCACCACGUGUUCCUCCACAAGUACAGCAUGGCGAACUGGACUCAACAAGAGUCAACCGGGGAACCAGAACCUAUCGCAAACCCCGUAGAUGUGUCCAGUGUCCAGCAAAUACCCAGCGCAGAUGCCGGCGGGAGCGCGCCGGUUGUCCCGUGUCUGAUCCCGUCGUUCGCGGACGCGGUGAAGUUGCUGGACGCUCGCUACUCGUGUCUGGUUGUGGACACGCACCGGAGACACAUCGCCCUGCCGCCCGUUUACAUGCGCAAGAAACGGACAGGAAUACAGGAAGAGCUGAACGCAGAUCUGCUCAAAUACUCCAGCAGUCUGAAAGGCGUUCCUGUGGCUUAUGAUAACAUUAAAGUGGUAGGACAACAUGGAGAUAUUUAUGAUGAUCAAGGAUAUAUUCACUUCAAUAUCGAAGCAUCAUUCGUGGUCUUCAAACCAAGGAAAGGAUCAAAACUUGUGGGUGUAAUUAAUAAAAUCGGAGUCGGUCACGUGGGCUGUCUGGUCCACGGCUGCUUUAACGCGAGCGUAGUGAAGCCCAAUCUGCUGACCCCAGAGCAGUGGAGAGACUCGGGGCUGCAUGUUGGAGAAAGUCUGGAGUUUGAGGUUUUCCAGCUGGAUGCUGAUGCUGCAGGAGUUUUGCUUGUCAGAGGGAGGCUGGAAAAAUCCAGGGUGCAAGAGCUUGCGGCUCAGACUGAACAAAACGACACCGAUGUGAAUCUAGAACCGGAAAACACAGAAGAUACCGACAGUCCAAAACCUAAGAAGAAAAAGAAGAAAGAUAAGCGUGAGAAACAGGCCGCAUCAGAAGACAACAGCGAGAACCACGAACCGGAAGUGGACGGGUUGGAGGUGGACUGCAAUUCAAACAGACUGCACAAAAAGAAAAAGAAGAAAGAGAAAAGAAAAGAUUCGGAUGAGACGUUACCCUCAGAGCUGCCGGCGAGUGACUCCAGCAGCGGGUACUUGAGUGAAAAGACCGGCAGAAAGAGACAUGCAGCUGAGAUUGAGGACGAUUGUGAAAUGCCCGUUGCCAAAAAAAAGAAAAAGAGCAAGUGAAGGGUCGCUGAACUAUAAUGAACUAUAAUUUGAUUGUGCCUGAAAUAAACAAUAUAAUAAAAUGUAUAUUCAACAUA